AUGUGGUUCACCGACGCCGGCGAGGAUAUCGACCUCCACAAGCGGCUUUGCCCUCGGCUUCGCCCUCGAGGGGGGCUCGUGAACGGGAAGACCGCCAAAGACGAGCGCCGCGGUGCGGGGGUCGACGAAAACGCCCUCCCCCUCGCGGAGACGAGGGAGACCGUGCGGAUUUUGGACUUCCUCAGCAAUGCGCGCCGUCCGCGCCGGAAAGGUGAGCCCUUCGAGUGCGCGAAGAUCGCGGGCCGCGCGAACGCGGGCUGGGGAAGGGAUUUCUACCUCCUUCGCGGGGCCUGUUCCCCCGCCAACCAAACCCCCGACGGGGUGCGUUUAUUGGCGUCUUUGGGGGUGUUGGAUACGUUUUGGGACUCCGCCGGGUGGGUGGGGGUGGUGGGGUCGAGCAGACGGUUGAAUUGUGUACUUUGCGUGGUGGUGGGGCGUCCGCGAACGCGCGAGCAGGACCCCCAGCUGGUCCUUCGGCCACUUUCCGCCACUUCCGGCGUGCGAUGUCUAACGCGGCGGUCUUUUACCUUUUGCGAUGUGGAGGCCAUUUGGCUGGCAAGGGAAUCCAUAUUAGCGAAACACGCUCAGGAAAUUGCAGGGGGGGAGGGGGAAUAUGAAAUGGUUUGGACGCGACCCGCAUCCCGCGCGGGCCCGUUUAGCACCCCCGACGAUCGUGAAAGACAAAAGGAGACGGGUAGGCGGUUUGCCGCGGAGGAGGUCAAUCAGAGCCUGACCGAAGCCCUUGCGGAGCUCGGAGCGCAGGUGAAAUACGGCCACAUCUUCUCCGCAAUAACGGACUUUUCGUAUUCCAAGCGAAUAUUCACCACCAACCGCGGUAAUUCCACGGGCCCGUCGCCGUCCAUAAAGGAAAGGUUGAUCGCUUGCUUAAAAGCCCCGAUUAGCCCCACCCUCCAACCCGAUGAAGCCUCCGAUAACGACGAUAUCAACGAAAAUGAUUUGUUCCUCCACUCGGAAAAUAGCAGCUCCUAUUCUUCCUCUGAGGACGACCCCAAUCCUACCGGCGAUCUGGUUGAUAUGAAAUAA